GUUGAUUCAUUUUGAGUUUAACUUUUGUGAUUUACUCUUUGUUUGACAAGUGCGUCUCAUAUUAUUCUUCGUAUUGUAAUACUUGAAAAUAGUUUUUCCGAAUUAUUUGAGCUUUCCCGGCUAAAUAUGAAUCUUUCGGAUCUGCCAACAGCGUCAAAGCCAGUGAAAAACAUAGUUUUGGUGGGGCGUACCGGAAACGGAAAAAGUGCUACCGGAAACUCCCUCAUCGGACGAGAAGUGUUCAUCUCAGAAUUGCAGGCAUCGGGUGUUACCACGACGUGUACGACAUCUAGAGCUGUGACUCCGGAUGGUCAGCUAAUCAACGUGAUUGACACUCCUGUUCUCAGAGAGUGUGGGGGAAGAAAGGUUCUGUUUAAUAAUAAGACUACGGAUGAAGGCAAGAAAGUCGAGCAAGUCCAGCAGUUUCUUGGCCAAGUCGCAUCGAUUGGAAAUAGCAAUGGUGGGAAACCGUUUACACAUGAAAUGCAUCUUAAGAUAAAGGAAGAGGCUGAGAGGCUUAAGGAACAGCAAAAAGAGGUUGAAGCUAAGAACCUUGGAGAAGUAGAGUUGGAAAAAGUGAAGAAGGAAUUACAAGAUUCUUAUGACAAUAGGAUGAGCGAAAUGCAAAAGAUGGUGGAGAAUACGCUUAAAGAGACUUCUGCUACACACGAGAAAAUGAUCCUUAAGCUAAGGGAGGAUCUCGAGAAAGCACAGAGAGAAAACGAAAAUCUGCACGAUAGAGAGACGUUGUAUAAGCUUGGGAUCGUUGUGCCUGCGAUAUUAGGGACAUGUGGCAUCUUGUGAUCGAUGUACCCCAAAGAUCAAGUCAACGUUAAUCCGUCCAAGAGGACUGUUCUGUACUGCAAGUCCUCCGAACUUCAUGUACCUUUUGUUUUUGUGUGUGCUUUUUCUGCUUCUAUAUUCUGAUUCCCCUGCAACCAUACAAUUAAGUAUCAAAGCUUCUCGCUAAAGAUUGUGAAAACGCCAUUCUCUCAUAUGAAAAUAUAGUAGUAAUAAUAAUAAUAAUAAUAAUACG